AUGUCGGCCUCACCCCCAACCCACUCGACCAAGCGUCCCCUGGAGGAGACCUCCUCCCCUUCCAGGACUGAUCAGCCCGAUGCGAAGCGGCCCGCCCUUGACAAGGUCAUUCGAGGCGAGGAGGAGGAACUGAGGGAGUCACCCUCCGAGAACGGCCACACCGAGGCCGCGGAGCUUCACUCUCUGCCGGAGAUUCCGAAGACCGAGACAAAGACCAACGGCGAGAAGACAGAAGCCAAGGAGGGCCAGGGUGAAAUUGUCGUGCCCGAGGUCACAUCCGAGACGAAGCCGAUCGUGAGCACACAGAGUGGACCGGGCAGCACAACUCAGGCGUCUUCCGCGGCAGCCCAGGACGAGACGGCUUGGAUCCACAUACGCUCUGUCAUCACUAGCCCAGAGGCCGCCACGAUCAUUGGAAAAGGUGGCGAGAAUGUGUCCAAGAUCAGGCAGAUGUCCAGCGCUAAGUGCACAGUGUCGGACUACCAGAAGGGGGCCAUAGAGCGCAUUCUCACCGUCAGCGGCAGCGUUGAUGCUGUUGCCAAGGCUUUUGGUCUUAUCAUCCGUACUCUCAACAACGAGCCGCUGGUGGAAGCCUCGAACCCUCAGUCCAAGACGUACCCACUGCGACUGCUCAUCCCGUCCAUCCUGAUAGGCUCUAUCAUCGGCAAGGGCGGCGCGCGGAUCAAGGAGAUCCAAGAGGCCUCGGGCGCCAGGCUCAAUGCUUCUGACUCUGUUCUGCCGCUCUCGACCGAGCGGUCCCUAGUUGUCAUGGGUGUUGCCGAUGCUGUUCAUAUUGCCACGUACUAUGUGGCGAGCACACUACUCGAGCAACUGAACGAGCGGUUUGGAGGCCCUUCCGCCUCCGCAUACGCCACUCGCAGCGGUGGACCGACCGGCGCGAUUCCCGGUGGAAUGCAAGUGGUUCCAUACAUGCCUCAGCCGGCCGGUGGAAACUAUGGCCGAGCUGAGAACUACGGUAGACACAAUCCCCGUCAAGACCCUCGCUCGCAACAGAUGCCGCAGUCAUACGCGCCUCCGUACGGUGCGCAGCCUCACCCGGCCCAACCGAAUCCUGCUGUCCCCAUGCACUAUGGUGCACAGGCUGGCGGUGGUGCGUAUGGCCCAGCACCUCAUAUGCAGCCUCACCAUGGCCCCCACGCCGGUCCUCACGUCCACGGCAAUCCCCAGGCACAGCCGAUGCACGGAGGCCCUGGAAUGCCAGGAGCACCCUUGACGCAGCAGAUAUAUAUUCCUAACGAUAUGGUCGGUGCUAUCAUUGGCAAGGGUGGUCAGAAGAUCAACGAGAUUCGGCAGAUCAGUGGCAGCGUCAUCAAGAUCAACGAGCCCCAGGACAACAGCAACGAGCGACUGGUCACCAUCACUGGCACAGAGGAGUGUAACCGCAUGGCCCUAUACAUGCUGUACUCGAGACUCGGUGAGAGCUCAGACAAAGGCCCUACCCAGGCCGGACGAGGCUAA